CAGGACACCAAGUGGAUCAGACACACACUUUGGUGGACGCACACACCCACCAACACACACAGUCACACACACACACACACAGAGAAAACACAAUCUGACCAGUGUGGAGUAUCGCAGCAGGAAAAAGGACAGAAGGGGGAGAACUGCACCUGUCCUCACAACACAUAUAGAGAGAGGAUCCGACCGGUCGUCCCUAUGUGUGGAUGGGACCAAAGUUACACGGCGACCUCUCAUAGCUCGGCCAUGUUGACCAGUGAGGGGGCGCACACCAUGGAGCAGGACGACACGCACCACGGAGCCAAGAUGGCCUCCACCGCCACCAGCACGGGCUCGGACGGAGCCGAGACGAUGACAGACACCGACGUGGACAUGGAGAUGGAUAUGGAGGAGGCAGACAUGACGCAAUGGACGGAGACGGAGUUCGAGGAGAAGUGUACGUACAUCGUGAAAGACACGGCGUGGGAGGCGGGACCAGACGGUGACGCCGCGAUGACGACGACGACGACGACGACCAGAGCCGAGGCGUCUCUGCCGCGAAACCUGGCCUUCAAACACCUGGCUGGCAGCAAGGAGGUGGUCGGCGUGUGCAGCAGGGAGUACAUCCCCAAAGGAACCCGCUUCGGUCCCCUGGUGGGCGAGAUCUACACGGCAGACAGCGUCCCCAAAGACGCUAACCGGAAGUACUUCUGGAGGGUGAGUACACACAUUCAAAACACGCACACAUGCACGACAAAACACACACACACUUCCUCAGAAGCCGGAGGGACCCCUUCCUCUGACGUCACGCCCGUCUAAAGUCAGUCAGUGGAACAGGAAAUUGGGCUUGCUGUUUUUUCUGAGAGUGUGUGUACAAGAAACAGAGAUGGGGAUGUGAUGUCACCUUCACACAAAUAACAUGUCACACUGUGGUUCCUGUAAGUCCACACAGUCUCGCACACACACACACACACACUCACACACACACGCUGCUUUUGACAGAACACACUCCAUCACUACCAGUAACUGACAAGUGAGACGACACACCACUCACAAACCACCUACCUGACCACCG